UUCGGAUCCGAAUCUUAACCGAGAAGGGUCACUUGAUUCACUUCAUCGUGUCUGCGCGCGCGCGAGAGAGAGGCACUGAGAGAUCGGAAGACUGUAGAAACCCUAAACCCUUAAAACAUUGGAAUGGAAGCGGAAAAGCUGGAAGAGGGGAAACCAAUGGGAUUCUCAAUGUGGUAGUGUGAGGGAAACAAUUAAGGUUUCGACGAUGUCUAGGUUGAAGAGCGGGCCGGAAUCGGAUUGGAAGAUGAUUCCGGCGCCGGAUCAGAAGAACCUCCCCACUUCUUCGGCUUCGGCGGCGGCGGUUGUUCCAUCCGAAACAAACGCUCUGGUAGAGUACAGUAAACCAGUGCUGAAGGAGGAGGAAGAGGAUCUCGAAGUGAAGCUGCGACGGAUCAUAGACCACGUCCCCGUUCGCGUGAGCAAUACCUCCGGCAGCUCCGCCGGCUCUGGUUCCGGCGACUUCCAUCAGUAUCGACAAAUGAGACGAAAAGAGCAAGACAGGCUUGCAAGGAUGGAUGUUGACUAUCAGAGGAGGAAAGAACUUGCAGAAUUCAAUGCAAGGAGAGAGGAAAGGUUGAAAGCUGCUGAGGAAAGGACUGCAAAGAAGCGUCUGAAAAGGCAGAAAAAGAGGCAGAAAAAGAAAGAGAAAAAAAGUAAUUCAGAUGUUCAGGCUGGAGAUAUAAACAAAGAAUCUUCAACCAUGUCUCAAGAUGAGUCUUCAGAUGGAGGUUCUGGUGAUGACUAGGAAGAAAAAUAACCACGCUAUUCUGCGUUGUGUUUCUCCUGGGAAAAAUGUUAUUCAGAGAAUGUCUUGAUAGAUGUUCGCUUGUUGGUCGGCUCCAAUUUCAGGUGUAUAAUGUACACAUGCACCGCACUUGAAUUAACUUCAUGCGUCUUCAUGGGUGAAGUCCUGGAGGGAAGGUUCCCUUUUAACGCUACCUGGGAUGCUUGUUUAAUGUUGAUCAGGCGAGUAGCUGGAUCUCCUUAACAUGCAUUUUUCUACUUUCUUUGUAGUCUCCAUGUUGUUGGCAUUCACAAAUGACGGCAAAGGCCUUUCACUAUGUAACUUAUUAUCCUGAUGUCCUCUAGAUACUUUGAAAGUGAAUGUCAUUUACCAAGUUUUACAGAGCA